GUCCCACAACCCCUUUGCUCUAUGAGACAUCCAAUAUAAAAAACAGGACGUGAAUUUUGAAACAUGAGUUUUCAUCGAGCUUUGGUUCAUCAGCUUGAAGUCUUAUUACAGGGUCAUGAAGUCUUCUAUCCUGUUCUUGUUUGGAGUGUUUCUGAGCUAUGGCACCAGCUGCCCUGAUGUCUGUGAGUGUACUGCAGAAGGCAGGGUGAGAUGCAGUGGGAACUUUACAAAUGUACCUUCGUUCAUGCCUCUCCACACCUACUAUGUGGAGUUGAAAAAAACCAGGAUACAAAACCUAACUGAAAGAAGUCUUCUUAACCUGCCUCUAGUACUUCGCCUCAGUAUAACGCAGAACCCUCUCCAAGUAAUCCACCCAGAAGCAUUUUAUCCUGUGCCUCAGCUUCUUUCCCUGAAGUUAUCUUUCAACAAAAUCUCUAAUCUGUCAAGCCAGGUUUUCAGUAAUCUUGCCAGUCUUGAACAAUUAUACAUUGAUAACAACAAAUUGGAUUCUCUAAAGCCAGAAUGGUUUGACACACUCACAAAUCUAACUCAGCUGGAUGCCAGCAGAAACUUUCUCACUCAUCUGGAUAGAAAUAUUUUUGAAAAACUUACCAAGCUAUGGUUCCUAAACCUAGGAAAGAAUUUUUUGAGCAAAUUACCGGAUGGUGUGUUCAGCUCUUUAAUUAAUCUAGAGCACCUUCUUGUUUAUGAAAACCAACUUGAGAUUCUCAGUUCUGAAACCUUUAAAAGUCAAACCAAACUGCGUGUACUCAAACUUUUCAAAAAUAGGAUCAGUUGCAUCCCACCUCAGUUGUUCUGGCCUCUGUCCAAUCUUGAAAUUCUUAGUAUAUCCUCCAAUAAACUGCACUAUUUCCCAGAAGAAACCUUUUACUCUCUACCUCAUAUCACCACACUCAAUCUCUUUAAAAAUCCUCUUGUAUUCUUACCAGAUCAACUCAUUGGACACAUGCCAAAACUUAAGGAAUUUAUCCUGUAUUCUACUAAUCUUAUCACUGUACCAAAUAAUCUUUUUUAUAAUAUGUCUGGAUUGGAAAAACUCUCACUCAACUAUAAUCCAAAGCUGCAUCACUUACCAAAGGAUAUAUUCUGUUGUCUUCCCAAACUUAGAAGGCUUUCUUUACAAAGAAAUGACUUAGAGUUUCUGGAUCCUGAUCUUUUUGUUAACCUGAGUAAUCUUUCUACACUGAUUAUUCACUCCAACAAGCUUCACCAGCUGUCAAACAACAUUUUUCACAGUCUUACAAAGCUUUCAGAAGUUCAACUGCAUGGGAACCAUUUUAAAAACCUUCCUAGCAGUGUUCUUUCCAGUGUAGUUGCCCUAAGGAAUGUCUCCCUGAAAGACAACCCAUGGAAUUGUAACUGCAGGAUUCUUGACCUUGCAGGAUGGAUAAGUCACCAUCGGACUUUGGUUCAAGAUUAUGAGCAUGUUUCCUGCUAUAUACCAUCAUAUUUAUUGGAGAAAACAGUUGGCUCAAUGAACUCUAUAUUACUCCAGUGCGAAGUCACCGAAAACCCUCCCAUUAAAAUUAGCAGUACAACCUCUAGUACUUCACCCUCAGUACAAACAUCAUCUCACAGCUUCCAAGUUGAGGGUGACCAAUUGACAGACAUAGUUAUCAUUAGUAUUUGGAAGACUACCUCAGCAACUCCACAAAUGUCAUCAUCCAUGGACUUGGUCCAUCAGUCCACAACUGAGGAUUCUCUGUCAUACAGCCCUUCUUAUACUUUUUAUGACACAGUCAUUCUUGAGGCAGAGCCAGAUAUCGUGCAUAAUAGCCGCCUGAAUCGCUUGGUUUUUCUGUGGACACUACCCACCAGUGGCACCUACAGUAAAUUUCUAAUUUCUUUGCAGAUCUUAUUGAUAACUAUGGGGGCUGCUUUGAUUGUGGCAGGUGUCUGCGUAUUUCAGUAUGUGCAGAGCUUCACUGAAAAGUUCAAUCAUGUUUAAAUCUGAUGAUUGGAGAAGCAAAGGAAGGAGUUGGACCGAAGAGAGGUUUGCGAAGGUAUCAGUAGCUUUUUGGAGAACAGAAUAAAUAAUUUUUUGUUAUAUUACUGUGUAUUUGUAUCUAAACUAAUGUUAAAAUUUUGAGGAUUUAUAUAUUCAUUUAUUUAUAUGCAUAAACACACAAAAAAUGUAAAGGCGGCACAUAUUAAAUAAUGUACUGGUUAUACUGCAUGGUAUUAUGUUUACAUCAAACUGUCACAACUGAUAAAAAAAUGUAGAAAGUUAGAAUUUGAACACAUUUAAUGAGACAUAUGAAUUUGCAUAUGAAAUUCUUUGCAGAUGUAGUGUGUAUAUAUACAAUCAUAUAUUCAUUAUAUAAUUGUAUAAAUAUAGAUAAUUAGCAGUAGCACCUUAACUCAGUAGGUAAGCUCUGUUGCUUCAAAUGUCCACCAUUCUCUGUGUUGAGUCUGUGUAUUUUCACUUUGUCAUGUAGGUUUCUGAUUUCCUCCUGUAGUCCAAAGACACACAGUUAAGCCAAAUGGCAUCUUUAGAUUGCCAGUAAUGUCUGAUGAUUUGUGUGUAAGUGCCCUGCGGAGGACUGGCAUCCCAUCCAGCGUGCAGCCCAAGUUUGUGCUCUGUGCUGCCUGGCUCUCUGUAACCCUGAUCAGAAUAACUGCUUAGAGGCUCAGUUGUCCUUUUCAAUUUUUCCAUUAUCAUGUGCUUUUUGAUGCUUUGUAUUUCGUAUACAAAAAUUAUGAUCAAAUAUACAGAGUAAAUACAAA